CGAUGUCAUUUUUAGCAGUGUGCGCACUUUAGCACGGAAAAAAACUCCUCAACCCCCUCUUCGACUUUCUCCUGCCUUAAAAGCAAACCAGGCUCCACAGAAGCUGCUAAGAUAACGAAAAAAAUCUUCAAAAAACGACUCACCGUGCAUUUACGUGCAAGUUUUACAUAGCAUGCAAAAGUCUCUCUGAAGAAAAGCUGCGUUUCGCUUUAAAACGACAUGUUUAAGACUGCGGUAAAGACGACUCUGGACGAUGUUCGGCCAAGAUGUGUCGAAUUCAUCAAAGAUCAACUAUACUUCGCCAUUCUCCAGCAGAAGCUCAAGAGCACAUCUGAGAGACACUGUUUCUGCAUAGAUGACGAAUUGGCAUAUGAAAACUUCUAUGCGGACUUUGGUCCCCUUAACCUCGCCAUGUUUUAUCGCUUCUGUUGCAAGCUGACAAAGAAGCUCAAGUCAAUUACUCUGUCAAGGAAGAAGAUCAUAUUUUAUACAUGUGGGGACCAGAAAAAACAGGCCAACGCUGCCUAUCUAAUUGGCUCGUAUGCUGUGAUGCACCUGGACAUGAUGCCAGGGGAAGCCUACAGUCUAUUGGUGUCGCAGAAUUUAUCAUACAUCCCUUUCAGAGAUGCCUCUUUUGGAACCUGCAUGUACAAUCUCAACAUCUUGGACUGUCUGCUCGCCGUUCACAAGGCUCUGCAGUACGGCUGGCUGGACUUCUCCAACUUUGACGUGGAAGAAUAUGAGCACUAUGAAAGAGCAGAGAACGGAGACUUGAAUUGGAUCAUUCCAGGAAAAUUCCUUGCAUUCAGUGGCCCUCAUCCCAAGAGCAAAAUAGAAAAUGGCUACCCUCUUCACGCCCCGGAGGCCUACAUUCCCUACUUCAGAAAACACAACAUCACCACCAUCGUCCGCCUCAACAAAAAGAUGUAUGACGCCAGGCGUUUCACGGACUCUGGUUUCGAACACCACGACUUGUUCUUUGUGGACGGGAGCACACCGAACGACUCAAUCGUCAAGAAGUUCCUCAACAUCUGCGAGAACGCAGAAGGAGCGAUAGCUGUCCACUGCAAAGCUGGUCUGGGGAGGACUGGCACCCUGAUUGGCUGUUACAUGAUGAAACAUUACCGCCUGACCGCUGCAGAGGCCAUCGCUUGGAUUAGGAUCUGUCGACCAGGGUCUGUCAUUGGGCCUCAGCAGAACUUUGUUGAAGAGAAACAGAACAGUCUGUGGGUGGAGGGCGACAUUUUCCGAGAGAAGGUACAAAAUGAACAGGAAAAUGGCAAGAUGGCCGUCACAAGGAUCCUGUCUGGGGUGGAUGACAUCACCAUCAACGGUAGCAAUAAAAACCGAUCGCCUAAGAAAGACGACAUGGAACUGUAUAACGAUGAAGAGGAGAGAAACGGCCUCACACAGGGGGACAAGCUCCGCGCCCUAAAGAGCAAGAGGCAGUCCAGGUCGUCCACAGGCUCACUGUCACAGGAGGAGAAUAAGGUUCACACUAGGUCAUCAUCACACUCUGCAAGGGCCGUUCUGCAGGCCAGUGUACAGGGCUGUAAGACCAGUGUCAACCCACUACCUCUGUCUGAACACCCAGACAGCAGGAAGAGAACCAGAACUUCACUGCCAGCUAAUGGUGUAGGACAAAGCUCCCUGUGCCACAGCAGACUGGUCAGGUCUCUCGGGAACUUACAUGUAGUGACUGGAGACACUGACUCAAUGUGUUGUGAUCCAUGUGGAGGCUACAGAGACACAGCCAGUGCCACAGUCAACACAGGCACAUUCAUCAACUUAAACAUGGCACAAGUGCAUCUGCAGUCUUUCUGGCAACAGACACUCUGCCUCCCCAGGACGUAAAGCUCGCAGGUCUUUACAAUCAGUUCGAAUUUCCAGACUAUGUCACUCCAUUCCCAAGGCUAGAGCUCCUCUACUUCGAUAAGGAGGAGGUUUCUGGAAAUCUGGAGGACAAGUUAGUCCAUGUCACCUUCAGCUGUACAACUUAAUCAGUUGUAGAUUAUGACAGAGAACUUGAUGUUGCAAUAUAUGGCACAUCAAAUCUGUUGAUUGAUUUGAUGUAAUCUUAGCCUUCAGGCACUUUUCGGUAUUUUUGUUUUUUAAACAUCAAAUGUUUUUUUUUCUCUGAAGAAAUUGUAUCGUAGUGUUUUACAUAUUGAAGCAUGCACUAGCAAACAUGCGUCAAUAUGGCAUGUGAAUCCAAAAGAUAUAUUUUUACUAACAUUUCACUGUGGCGUCAUGCUCCUGCUUUGAUUUAACAUACAUUUUUAUACUCGUUUACCUGCUUUCUGUCAACAGCAAAAUGGCAAAACAAUCUGUAGUUCGAAACCACGACCACCAGAACAUUUGUAUCACUUUGUAACACCUUAUUUGGUUUUUGCUUUUCACUUUGAUCUUUUAUGCCUGUAAAUAUGUGAACAUUUGAUAUAAGCGAUUUGUAUUUUGUAAAUAUUUUUGUACUCUGUCUGAAUCAUGCUUUGAGAAGUGGAGUGGUCCUAAUGGGGUCUGGUUUAAAUCAUGUCCAUAAUCCACUAGUGAAUUUAGCUUAAAUCGCACGCACACACACACCAAGGGACAUUUUAAAUAAAAGUAUACUCAGAAUGA